AUGUCGUCCAAGAAAGAAAAACACUUGACUUUGCUUGAUGUUGAACAUCUCGAUUCAAUCAAGCCCCCUGCUUCCCUUCCAGGAACGAACGCUUCAUCCACCGUACAGGCCAACAAAGUGGAGCGCCUGGUGAACAAAAUACCAUAUUCAAGCGGCUGUUUGACUGAGAAGACGCCGGCUCCAUUAACCCAGAUAAACGAAAGCAUCAAGCAUGACCAGCACCGAGAUGAGGCUUUACUCCACCCUACCAACUCCGGAUACCGAUCCCUGCCAGUACUGCAUAAAGUAUGUCCUUGGAAAAGCUUCGAAAAACGAUUUGAUUGUGAUCUAGCUGGCACUGUAGCCAUAGUUACCCGUCGAUCUGAUCCUUCAGAUAUUCAGACAAUUCGCCAGUUUGCAGCUAAGGAUGGCAAAAACGUAAUGCAAGCUCUUCGUUCCUUUCGUCAUGAAAAGAUCUUCUCCGCUACUGAGUGCUUUCAGUUUGAUGGUAUAUUAUAUACCGUGAGUGAAUUUUACCCGCUCACUCUUGAACACAUCGUUGCAUGCAAAGUUUUCCCCAAUGAGCGGCAGCUCGCCGCAAUCAUGGAGCAGUUAACACACAAUCAAUGUGGUAAAUGCUCCUAG